UCAGAAUAAAUCUCCACAACUGGGCAUGCAACAUGCAUUCAAUGCGCCGAACGCACGGCGAGCAUGGCAAAGCGAAAGCUGGAGGAGAACGCCGUCACAGCGUGUUGUGACGAGGGGAAAGCCAAGAAGAGACAUCGCAAAUUCUGGACCCCAGAAGAGCGUGGCAAGGUGAGACCAUGGGUCGCCGAACUCAUGAUCCUUUCGGACAUCGAUAGUAACAAAAGAGGCGGAGCUCAAUGGUUCAAAGAACAGAGGAAGAAGGUGCUUUCGAUGGCUCCGGAGGAGUGGCGCCAGCGAAUUCAGGACAUCAAGUUCAAGGCCAACACGAAAACGGUGCAUGGCGCUUCAGCAGACGAGCUUAUCGAGGAGAUCGAACCGGCUUUCCGGAGCACAGCUUCACCUGCUGUGCCUCCAGAUCGGAAAGCUUCAACAGCUGCUCCUCCUCCCGCUGCGCCAGCUACGCCCGCGUGCUCUGUGCCUGCCCCUGUCCAGAACAGGUCUCCCCAUUCCUCGAGAGAACCUGCGGGGCGCGGCAUCGAGCGAUACUUCAAUGUGAAGUGUUCCCUCGCGGUGGCUGUGGCCCCGAGGCCCCAUCCGAAACGACUCUCACUCCACGCUGGUCCUGGUCGCGACCACUACGCGGUCUUGCGCCUACACAAGUCCUGCAGCAUGCAGCAGGUCCAUGCUGCCUACAAGCAGAGAGCGCUCGAAACGCAUCCGGACAAGGGAGGUUCUCAUGACGAGUUCCUUGCCGUCAAGGAAGCGUUUGAAAUCCUGUCCGACUAUGCCAAGCGGGCACAGCUGGAUGGCCAAGCCUUCGCUUACGAGCGGCCGAGCCAGUCUCCUGACUACACGCGGUUCCUCCUCAGCGAGCUCUUGCUGAAGAAGUUGCCCAAGGAGCUUCUAACGCAUGUGGACUUGCCCACACUGCGGGCACUCAAGAGCCUCCUUGCGGAGAUGCGAGAUCGACAACGCACUGAAGGGCGUCGCAGGCUUGAGCCGGUCCAGAAGAAGGGCAACGGCCUGGUGAAAUGCGCGAACGGCGAUUACCUCGUGACCAUUUCGUGGAACAACUUCCGACUCCAGGUUUCGCACAUCAAGGACCUCCAGAUGGCCACGAACAUACAUUCCGCCUUCGUACAACUCCGAGAGACAGCGAAGGAUCGCAUCAAGCGGGCCAUGGCUCGCAGGUCUUCCGAAGGCGACGAGGAGCCCGCCUUAACCGACGAAGAGCUCCUGGCUGCGCAAGCGGAGCAGCCAUAUAUGAUCUUGUUUGCCUCAGAUUUCAGGCGGAAAUGGCAAGAGACGGAUUCCGAGGACGAAACCAUUGCAAUUCCUUCCGGGUCGCAUGACCGCUGGAUGUCCCCAUGGACUCCGAACCUUGCCACAGCCUUGGCCUUCCGCCGACAGAUGCGCGACCAGCUGGGCCGCCGUGGCAAAUCUGCUGCACGCUUUGACGACAAAAAGAACAUGCAAGACCUUGCGCAGAAGGAGCCGAGA